AUGGAUCCAUCUCUGUCAUUUGAUGGUCGUAGUUGUUCAACAAAGCUUUCAGGAAACACACUCCAGUUUGGAUGCAUUGAAGCGUUUGUGCACAGGAGACAGGCAGGAGGUCACCCUCCAGGUGAAGAUAUCCCCGCUGCAACCGCCGCCUCUGAGGGAGACUACCAGCACGAUCAUCUGACUGAGGAGUCGCUGUCCAAUGAUGAGUACGAGUGCACCUCCCCUGAUGACAUCUCCCUGCCGCCACUGUCUGAGACUCCUGAGUCCAAUCUGGUUCAGUCAGAGAACGACCUGGAUGAUGGUUGCUGCUUCAGCUCACACGUCAACCAGUACAGCCACCAGUCACACUCCCAGUCCCAACAGCACGGAGAUACGUUCCACCACCACUACCACAGACACCGGGAGUGGGUCUCUAGCCAGACGGAGAGCUACCCGUCCCCCACCGGUGGCCUGGGUGCCGCCAAGUUCCGAUCCGAGUCCUCCUCGUUUGUCCACAGUCCGCUGACCGUGCCCGCGCCAAACCUGGUCUCCAGCACGAUCUCCAGCAUCCUCAAGAGCAAACCGAGCGCCCCGCCGAAUGUGCAUCCUGCCGACGGCGCCACAGUUGGCCACCACCAACACCAACACCAACCCCACAACCACAACCAGCAGCAGCAGCAGCAGCAGCAGACCGCCCACUCAGUGCAUGAGAGCCGCGUGAAGACCCAGGAGUGUGUGCAUGAGCCCCGGUUGGGCCGAGGGGCUGCCCCUCGCGCUGGUAACACGCAUGCCCCCCCUUCCCUAUUAACCCCUGAGCAGGACCCAGAUGUUUGCAAGCCCACGGCCAUCCGUGAGGAGAUCAGGCUGCCCUCCUAUGGCAGAGGCCUCGUGGGGGGGAACCUGGCAGGCCAGGGCCCUAACUUCUCCAAACACAUAUCUAAUGCCACGGUAAUGGAGGGGUCGCCAGUGACCCUGGAGGUGGAAGUAACUGGAUUUCCUGAGCCAACUUUAACAUGGUUCAAGAAUGGACAAAAACUCACUGCUGACGAGCACGUAGAACUAUCCCAAAAAGAAGGCAAACAUGCCCUGUUCAUAAAGAGAGCUGCUGAGAGUGACGCUGGCCUCUAUGUCAUUGAGGCCACCAACUCAGGUGGCACCGUGACGUCCACUGGCGUGCUGCAGGUGACAGUGAGUGGAGACAGCCCCCACUUCCUCUCAAGGCUGGAAGACAAGGAUUUGUUAGUGGGAGACGACCUGACCCUGGAGUGCGUCAUCUCAGGAAGACCUGUCCCUCAAGUGCUCUGGCUGAGAGAUAACAAAGUUUUGGCUUACGGAGAAAGCAGGGCUGAGAGCCAAAGUGAUACCCAUGUCCUGUUAAAAAAGGGUGUCGAGUCCUCAGAUUCUGGAGAAUAUGUUUGUGUGUUGAAAAAUGAUUUUGGAGAGGACUGGUGCUCUGCAAAAGUGGUUAUCAAAGAGAUGGGGCAAGGUGUCACAAAUCCUGGCUCCCCAGAUCAACAUCAUGGACAAGUUGUCACUUCAACUAAAGAACACAUUUAUGAAGAUCAAGGACAAAGAUUAGAGUGCAGAGACCAGGAGUAAGGAUAAACAAGACACACGUGUAUUUAACCAUAUACAAAACAGCACCUCAAGUUAUAUGGUUGAACACUGUGCUCUUCUAGACAUAAUCUUUCUACCAGCUUUUAUAAACAAUUUGAAAUGAGAUGUUAUUUUUCUUGACUGGAUUUCUGUAGUUGU